AUGGAAACAGUAUAAGAAUUUAUCAACACCUAAUAUUCCUAUUCUCUACCUUCUCCAAGUAUGAUGAAGUAAAAGUAACUGUUUAAUUCGAAAGCUGAAGAAUCGUUUCUAUAGAAAGGACAUAUAGGAGAAGUUGACUUUCUUGAUGAAUCGUUUAAUAUAACAAAAAAUUUUGAUAUAAAUAAAAAUCCUACUUAGAGCAUAUAAAAUUUUCCUGAUAAAUAAGAUGAAAAUAUUUUAGAAAGUAUUAAAUCACCUAUAAAAGGGAAAAAAAAGAAAUAAAGUGUUUAGAUUUAUGAGUCAUAAACUCCAAAUUAAACAUUUCGAAUGUCUUAGAUCAUAGAAUAGCACAAUAAUACAUAAAAUCCGAUGAAUAAAAUAAUGGAAACAAGUCCAAAAUCAAGCAGGUUUUUGAAUUUGUAAUUGGCAUAAAGUGAUGAUAAAAGAAAAAAAAGUAGACCUGGAACAGAAACUAAUUUAAGAUUUCCAAGGAGUUCAAUAUUUUCUGAUAAAAAAAAUAAACCAUGCUUUUUAGAUUUGACAAAUUAAGUGAUGACUCAAGAACAAAUGAAGAUUAAAAAUAUAUUUUAGAAGAAAUUUGAAGUAAGAAGAGAUUUGAAAGUUUUAAAAUUUUUAAGGAUUCUGGUAUCUAGAUGGUAAAAUAGGAGAAUGAAUUUAAAUGAAUAUUAAUUGAAUCUAAUAAAUGAUAAAUCUUAUUUUUAUCAAACUACUAAAGAAAACUAAUAUGUUUGCUUACUUCAGUCAAUUUAAUAAAUAUAUUUUUAUUUUGGUAAAAUUUUCUACUAUGUUCCUCUGCUUAACCCAACAGAUUUUUCUAGACUCCUGUGGGAUUUUUUUAUGAUCACAGCUAUGGGAAUAUUUUUAUUUUAUUAUUCAGCUUUGGUGUUUUUUGCAUAACAAGAAUAAUAUAUAUCAUCAGUUUAUGCAAAGCUGGCUUUCAGUUGUUUAUUAAUAGACAUAAUACUGAAUUUCAAUACAUCUUUUUACUCAAAAGAAUCAAUAAUAAGAGAGCGAGUGCAUAUCGCCAAAUAAUAUCUUAGAUCUACUUUUAUUUUUGAUAUUUUGUCAUUCUUUAUACUUGGCUUAAAUAUGAAUAAGGAUAACAUGGUAGAAAAUCAUACAAAUAGUGUCCUAAUAUAUAUCUAAAACUCAAUAGUCUUCUUAAAAAUUGCCAGCUUUUAGCAUAAAAUUAAGCAUUUAGAAUAAUCUGUACCUAUGAAAGAAGUAUGGAGACACAUGUUAGCUCUAAUAGGACUUCUUGCUUCUCUUGUAAUAGUAGCACACUGUGUUGCUAUAGUUUGGAAUUAAAUUGCUUUGUAUGAGUAGAGUGUAGGACUUGAUAAUUGGCAAACAAAGUUAGGGAUAAAUAACGAAUCUUGGGAUAUAAGGUAUAUUUAUUCACUAUAUUGGUCUGUUACUACGAUGUUUACAAUUGGAUAUGGAGAUAUCACACCUUUGAAUAAAUAUGAAGUUGGUUUUGUUACGAUUGUAAUUAUUUUUUGUAGUACAGUUUUUGCAUAUUCUAUCAACUCUAUUGGUAUCAUUUUAAGUGAUAUAGCUAAAGUAAGCAAAUAAUACAAGGAAGAUUUAAGCAUAAUGAAUAGAUUUUUAAGUAGGAAAUAAGUAAAUAUCGAUCUUUAAUUUAGAGUUAAGAAGUAUUUGUCGUUUUUGGCUUAGGAAGAAAAAGAAGUGAAUAAAAAAGCAGAAGAUGCAGUGAUUGAUAAACUCUCUCAAAAUUUAAAAGACCAAAUAAACAUUGAAGUUAAUACUAAAAUUUUAAGAAAAUAUCCUCUCUUUGCAAAGAAUUUUUCAGAGAAGGCUCUAUAAAGACUUGUAUUUGUGAUGCAAGAAGUUGUUGUAACUCCUAAUGAGCUUAUUAUCUAAGAAGGUCAAUUUGAUGAUUGUUCACUUUAUUUAAUUACAAAAGGAACAGUCGAAGUUUAUAGUUUAGGAGAUCCCCUAUAUUAAAAUUAACUAUCAAAUAAAAAAGUUUUAGCUCAACUGAGUAAAGGUUAAUAUUUUGGUGAACUUUCAUUUUUUACAGGAGUAAGUAGAACUGCUAAUGUAAGAAGUUAAUCAUUAACUACUAUGUAUAAAAUUACAUAAUAGUAAUUUAUUGAAACUUUGAAAAUGUCUAACGAGUAAGACUUUGAAAAAUUUUGCAUGAUAAGAGAUUAAAUAAAUUUAAAAAACUUUGAGAAUAUACAGCUUAAUUGUUAUAGUUGCAACGAACAAGGACACCUAAUAUAAGAGUGCCCUCGCUUGACUUAUGAUGUUGAUAGAAUAAUAAGAUUUUUCAGAAUAAACUACUCUGAAUAUUAAGACGAGCAGUUAUUUUAGCGAUACAGGCAGAAGAAAAAAAAUACUCUCAAAAUUUUUCAAAAUGAAACCUUAAAGAAUUUUCAAAGUACUAUGAAAGAUCUUAUUGACGAUUACUUCAUUAAGAUUUCUUAGAUAUAAAUUGACUCAGUCUAAACAAAACUGCAAAUAAAAACAAUUUUAGAAUUUGAGAAUGAAGAAAAUGAUUCUUUAGACGACUCUUAAACCACUAGUAAAGUGAAAAUCCAUUCAUUUGAUGAUUUAAAACAAUCUAAAGAAAAUUAGUCUUAUAAAAAUUUGAAUAUUGAGGAAGAAAAAAAAAUAGAAUAACAGUAAGAGGAAGAAGUUAAAAAAGAAAAAAAAGUUUAAUAAGAUGUGAGUAGUGAAAAAAUAAUAGUGGCUACUUCUAGUUUUUCUAAUUCUAACUCUUUAACUGGUUCAGAUAAUAGAAUGAAACAGAAUUAAAAAGAUAUUACUAGAAUGAAAACUAAAUUCUUAAAUAAUAUUACUAACUCUAAAGUAGUUGAUAGCAAUACAAAUAUCAAAACUUUAUAGUCAAUCUAAUAAGAAUAAGAUGGAAUUGAUUUAGAAAAAAAUUAGAAUUAAGUAGAUAUGUAGAUUAAGCUAAUGAGUGAAUUUGAAAAUAGGAGCAGAAUAUCAAAGAUAGAGGACGAUUUUAAUAAAGUUACUAAUAAAUAGAGUUCGAUCACGUCAUCAUCUCUUGCAAAAAGGGAGUAUAAAAGAGAUUCUACUUUUGACAGGAAAGAUUCAAUUAUAAUUAACUUAUUGGGCAAUGAAACUAAAAGAAAUAGUAAGUUAGAUCAUACAACUAAAUAAUAAAAUUCUUUGGAGAACUCUAGAAAUAUAGAUUUGAAAUAGGAUAACUUAAAGGAAGUAAUUGAACAAUUUAAAUGCUAUCCUUUUGUGAUUCAUGACUUUGAUAAAAUGAAAAUAUUUAAGCUAUAUUACCCAUCAUUUAACUAUAAUAUUGUCUUAUAAGAUAUUUAGCAACAGAAAAGAAAGCUAUCUAAAUUCAAAAAAUUUAAAUGUAAAAAGUGGAAUUAAAUUCAAAUUUUAAAAAAAAACACUAUAAAUCUUUAAGGCAAAGCAAGCAAAAGAAGCAUUUUAAAAUAAAACAUAAAAAAUAAAAUAUUAUUGAAUAUUCAUCCCAUCAUAUAUGGAGCUGCAGGAAUCAACAAAUAUCCCUAUUAUAGUAAAUGA